UUUCCUCCUCACAUCCUGCACUGACCCUCCGCUACCCCUGCCAACUGGACACGCGUGGGAAAGCAAGACGCAACAAGCCUUCGGUUUCAGGAAAACGACCUUUAUUUUACGUUUCAGAGACGCUUUAUUCAAGGAGAGAUGGGCAGAAUAUAUAAGGAUGAAAAGGAUGACUGGAUAGCGGUCUGUCUCAAGUACCUCCUCUUUGUUUUCAACUUUCUGUUCUGGAUGGGCGGUGGGGUGGUGAUGGGUGUCGGUAUCUGGACGCUUGUUGACAAAGGAGACUACUUGAGCCUUCUGGCCUCAAGCACAUUCGCUGUGUCCGCCUACAUCCUGAUCCUGGCUGGAGGGCUGGUGAUGGUCACGGGUUUCCUGGGAUGUUGUGCUGUCAUACGAGAGCAGAGGAGCUGUCUGUCCACGUACUUCUCGUGUCUGCUUCUCAUUUUCUUUAUUGAGCUGGUAGCUGGUGUCCUGGCCUACGUGUAUUACCAGAAGCUGAGCGAGGAGCUGAAGCAGCAUCUUAGCAAAACGAUGACACAGAACUACGCUCAGCCCGGGAAAGAGAGCAUCACUCUAUCUGUGGACAGACUACAGCAGGAUUUUAAAUGUUGUGGGAGCAACAACUCCUCUGAUUGGAUGCACAGCGUGUACAUCAAGUCCCAGGAGGCAACGUCAAGGUUGGUUCCUGACAGCUGCUGUAAAACCAUUACCCAUUUGUGUGGAAAGAGGGACCACCCCUCCAACAUCUACAAGGUGGAGGGUGGCUGUAUUUCUAAGCUGGAGCAGUUCCUUGCUGAUCAUUUGCUUAUCAUUGGAGCUGUGGGAAUAGGUGUGGCCUGUUUGCAGCUAGUGGGCGCAGUUUUGACAGCCUGCUUUAUGUAUCUGCUUUAUAAAGAAGAGGAAGAAGACUACUCUGACGUUUGAUUGGCUAGUGUCCAUUUUUGACAUCCGAACAGCUAUCUGAGGACCAGAUAUGUGGGAUGGUGUUCACUUGUUGCCUACACAGGCGAAUUAAACUGGACCCAUACUGAACACUCGGCACUUAAACAGUAUAUGCCUUUACCAACACUUCAACAUGGCCUUACUACUGUGCCCACUUUAAAAUGCAUGAGCAAACACAAGGCUUUAAGCUAUUAAUAUAAGGGCUUUCUUUUAACAUAUGCUACAUUUUGUAUUAUUCCUAAAGGGAUAGAGAAACAAUUAUGGGUCUGGUAAACCCCAUAAUGCUACGUGUGCUUGAAAUAGACAUAAUGUCAAUGUUGCCUUCUUAUAAUCCUGAUGUUCUUUAUAAAGUUAAGGAGUAAGCUUUGUCGUGCAGUCAGAUAUUGAGGAGGCAAUUAGAAAUGAUGUUUAUUUUUUAAUCAUUUAUUUUUUACUUUGUGUGAAGUAUAAUAUAUUUAUAUACUGUAUGUUGUUUGAUUUGAUGUUAAGUAUAUUUAAUGUGCUGCUAAUCUCAGACAGGCAUGUACACCUGCUUUUGGGCACAAAAAUACACUGGACCAAUGUCAAAAAAGCUUUAUAAUGCAAAUAUUUUUUUCUUAAAAAGUGAGGAGCAUUAGCUUUGUGGAGAACAAAUUUCAUAAACCAGAACAUUUUGGAAAAGGUCAAACAUAAGCUACACAUUUAAAAGUGGCAGCUGUAUGUAAUAAAACCGGCCACAGUCCCUGGGAAAAUAAUGUCUACACUGUCUUUACCCUUUCGCCUUAAAGCAAACAGAGGACUUUUUUAAAGUGUAAUGCUGCUCUCAUAAGUGUAGUUGCUUUAAAAGUUUUUCCUUCAUAUCAGAUAUCAAUUAUUUUCUGUCUCAUUGAUAAAUGUAGAUGUACUAAUAUAAAUAUAACAGUUUGGUUUGUUGCCUAAUGGUUUUCUUUUAGUUGGCAUGGCAGAACGUUGAAUGAACAUUUAUGAACUUGCUACAAAUUGGUGAACUCAUGUUAAGGGUCACAUCACAUAAUUUUUUAUUGUCUGAGCAGUUAACAUCAUUGCACUGCCAUUUAAAUCACAGCUGCAAACUCCUAACGUUGCCACGGCAACAUCAUCCGCAUUCAAAUUCAAUGUCAUUUUGCUUCAAACAGAUGGUUUAAUGUGAUAUUUUCUCUUCUUUGCCUUAUGCUCAAGACAAAUUAUUAAUGUUUUUAAAAUGUCGACAAGCAUUUCUGCGCAAACUCAUCUCGUAUCGAAACUGUAUAAAAGUCCAAGAAGAUCUUGAUUAUAAAUUUGCAUUGUCCCGUUCCAUUAGUAGUAAUUACUGCACUUGUAUCCAGAGUUAUAUAUCAGCACUGUUAAAUAUUGUGGAUUGAACAUGUAAAACUUUAUGUAUAUUUUCAGCGUUGCAUUGUUUACUCUGAUAACAGUAAGUUUACUUCAUAAAAGCCUUGCCUUAAGAUGGAAUUGGAAUGAAAUUCUUUGAUUAAUGUAUGUUUUUAGAAACUGUGUUUAAUAAACUUACAAUGUA